UCUAUGGUAAUAAGCACUAUUCCCUUCGAUAGUCUAUGGUAAUAAGCACAUAAACUAAAACACUGGAUUAAAAUUUAACCCAGGGUUAGCGCUAACCUAGCUUUAACUGGCCCAAAAUGAUACAUUUUGCUACCAGAAAAUGGUGUAUUCAAGGACUGGUCCUUGGCGAGAGAAAGAAAUUAAUUGUCUGUCUCUCAAGAAGCAUAAAUAGCAUUUUAAACAGCGUAAACAUGGCUGUGUCAUUUGCAAUUAUAAUUUAACUAUACCGUUAUGUAGUAUUCAGGAUUUUGAAAGUUGUUGGCGUAUUUAACAGCAAUUCAUUCUGCAUUGGCAUACAACAAUGGACACAGAAUCACUAUUAGAGAGAGCAGAACCCAUUUUGAAAAGGCGGGAUUUUACGUUAAAAGGAAUACUUGGUAAGGGCAGCUUUGGUUUGGUUGUUCAAGUUGAGAACAAACAUGACGAAAAGUUCGCCAUAAAGAUUCUUCGUAGUACGAAUGACCAGAAUGAUGACAACGCAAAAUACCAGAAACGAGAACUGAAGCUUCUAGAAAACUAUAAAAAUGAUCUUUGGAAUCAAAAUAUUCUCAAAUAUUACCAUUCUUGGCUAAACGACAUCGAUAACAUACCAUAUCUGUUUAUUCAAACCGAGCCCUGUUUUAAAAGCUUGUUGGACUUCAUCUACGACAACACGAUAGCCGCUGGUUCUGAAAUUGUUCAAGUUUCAAGUCCGAGACCACUUUGGGCGCAGGUUUUCCCUCAGAUUUUGAAUGGUUUACAAGCUUUACGCCAAAUCGGCUGGGUUCAUCGCGAUAUUCACCCCGGUAAUAUUCUUGUAGCAAAUCCACCGCCACAACAAAUCACGGAAAUUGUCGUCAAGAUCGCUGAUUUUGGUUAUGCCAGGGAAAUCGGGUCUAUAAUCGAAGCCUCUCUUCCACUCACAGUUGCUCCAUUACUGCCACCGCUUUCUUCCGACCGUGGGAAUAAACUAUUUAGAGCUCCUGAACUUGAGACUGGAUCUUAUGAUUAUAAAGUGGAUCUCUACAGCGCAGGAAUCGUUCUGUAUUUUCUCAGCCGCUAUCUUCCAGACAAAAGCCAGUGGCCAGAUGAGAUCAAGGAACUUAGAAACGGAAAUCGUGGUCCUGACGAGUUGUCUCAUCAAAACGACAAGUUAUUCCAUUUACUCACUGGCUUAAUGAAGCAAAACCCAAACGAACGACCAACUGUAGACAUGGCUUUGCAAUAUAUUCAAGGCGAGAGCACAGGUCUUACCGAAAGGAAAUUUUUUGUAAAGAAACAGGGUGAUGAAAUUUACUACCGAUGCAUCACACCUGAUGAUAGCUUGAAAAGUUUGCAAGCUGCAAUACAAGAACACAGCAAUAUUGGUAUUGAAGCUAACGCUCAGAUAAUAAUACAAGAGAAAAUGAAGAAUACAAGAGAAAAUCAAGAGAAACCUGUAGAAAAAGUGGAUAUAUUUGUUGGAAUAACGUCUGACAGAGAUGUACGGGAUAUGUUUCAUAGUACCGAGAAGCUGGGAAGGAAAGUGCGUAUUGUUGUCACAGACAGGAGAAGUCAAGUUGUUGACACAGGCGAAGAGGUAGCUCUAAACCUUUAGAUAUAACAAGGGGCUAUAAAAUGACUUUUCUCUCUUUGAUGACUGUGUGUGGUUUAAUUUUUACAAGAAAUAUAGGUUACUUUAAUCUCACUUCUUUUCACAACCCAUUAGUACGAGUAACUCAAAUAGAGAUGUAAACAAUGUUGAACAUUAGAUGAACAGGCCUCUUUGGAAACAUUUUUAGUGACUUAGUUAAGUCUAUAGCUAGAACAAAAGUGAAUAUAAGGGGAUAAAAUCGCGACAAGAGCACAAGUAAAGAAAAAAAGGCUCGCUAUAAUAAGCUACGUGUAAUACUAUAGUAGAUCUUACAUGCACACAAGGAACAGCGUGUGAGUUUUCAAUACCGCAUGUUGUAUAGGAGCAAAUCUUAUCUGGGAAAUGUUCAUUUACGAAGGGGAAAUUGAUUUGGCAUCGUUCGUAUAAUUAUAUAUUAUGAUCAGUGGAAUUACAAAAUUUUCGGCCAAGGUUUCACAAGUUUUACCUCCAACAAGAUUGAAAGUAAUGGAUAUCUGAAACGAUCUCUGGUUGAAAUAUUAUUUAAUUACCAUUUGCAACAUAUACAGGUGUAUAAUAUAUAUUAUAGCUACAAGCAAAAAUAUAUAAAAUGUUUAAAUUUAAAGUUUUCUAUAGGAUAGU